CAAGGAAGAAGCUCUAUUUUCCUUUCUCUCAUAUUUGUUCUCUGUUUUUUUUCUUUCUUUGUUGCUUAGAUCUGUUACCACCCUUUCUGUAUUUUUAUUCGUUGUUUCUUUGGCGGGGUAAGACAUGAGUAAAGAAGAAUUUUUGAAGAUACAGAAAUGUGUACUUAAAGUGAACAUACACUGUGACGGGUGCAAGCAGAAAGUGAAGAAAAUCUUGCAGAAAAUUGAUGGGGUGUUUACCACUGAGAUAGAUGCUGAGCAGGGGAAGGUGACGGUUUCAGGGAAUGUAGACCCCAAUGUUCUCAUCAAGAAGCUUGCAAAAUCAGGGAAACAUGCAGAGCUCUGGAGUGUCCCCAAAGCAAACAACAAUAAUAACCAGAACCAGAACCACCUUGCCAACCAGUUUAAGAACAUGCAAAUUGACAACGGCAAAGGUGGGGGACACAACAACAACAACAAUAAAGGUCAGAAUCAGAAUCAGAAUCAGAAGGGUGGAAAUAACCAGCCCAAGGGUGUUCAACAAGGAGGAGGACCAAAUCCUCAACAGCUACAACAGCUCCAGCAACAGCUUCAACAACAGCAACAGCUUCAACAACAGCAACAGCUUCAGCAGCAGCUGCAGCAACUUCAGCAGAUGAAAGGAUUCCAAGAUCUGAAGCUGCCUCAAUUCAAGGACCCCAGAAUGCUCAAUCAGAACCCCAACGCGAAAGCCGUCAAAUUUGAUAUACCUGAAGAAGAUGACGACUACACUGACGACGAAUUUGAUGAAGAAGAUUUAGAUGACGACGAGUUUGAUGAUGAAAUGGAUGAUGUUCCCCUGAAUAAGAUGAAGCCCCCCAUGGGGAAUGCUGCACACAUGAUGUUGAAUGGGAAUCAUCCACUGCUCAUGAAUGCUCAGAAGGGUGGGAAUGGUGGUGGAGGUAAUAAUGGGAAGAAAGGCGGUGGAGUACCUGUGCCUGUGCAAGUGAAUGGCAAUGGAGGAAAAAAAGGAGGUGGAGGUGGAGGAGGAGGAAACAUUCAGAAUCAGGGUGGAGGUAACAAAAAUAAUGGUGGCAAAAAUGGAGGUGGGGCACCAGAGGCUAAAAAUGGUGGAGGUGGAGGUGGAGGUGGAGGUGGAGGUGGAGGAAACAAGAAUGGUAACAAUGGAGGGAAUAAUAAUAACAAUGGGGGUAAAAAGGGAAAUCCAAAUCAUAUAGGUGAAGGUGGUGUUCAAGCUAUGAACAAUGUAUAUCAGAACAUGGGUGGUCACCCUGCUAUGGGUGGUGGUAAUGUGGGGCCUAUGGGUAACAUGAGCAUGCCAAUGGGUGGGAUGCCAAUGAACCAAAUGGGUAACAUACCAGCCGUUCAAGGCCUCCCAGCAGCCGCCGUUAACGGCGGUGGCGGUGGUGGUGGUGGACACUUCCAAGGUGGUGGUCCUAAUGGUAUGCCAGGAAAUCCUUACCAACAACAUCAGCAGCAGCAGCAACAACAACAACAUCAACAGUACAUGGCUGCCAUGAUGAACCAACAACGUGCAAUGGGAAAUGACAGGUUCCAGCCAAUGAUGUACGCGCGGCCACCGCCUGCCGUCAAUUACAUGUAUCCUCCUUAUGCGUAUCCUCCUUAUGCGCAUCCUCCUCCAGACCCAUACACCCACUUUUUCAGUGAUGAGAAUACUUCAAGCUGCAAUGUUAUGUGAAACGAGUUUAUGGUGGCUGAUGCUGUUACGGUGGUGGUGGUGGUGGUGGUUGUUCAGUUAUAGUUGCUGCUGGCCUUUUCAUACAAUGGAAAAUGAGUUUUAAUUUUAGUUUGAUUUUCAUUUUUCUUUUAUCCCUUUUCUUGCUAAGUAUAAGUUAUAUUAGUUACCAUAGGGAGUAGUUUAUAGAUUUCAUAAUAUUAUUAUUAUUAUUAUUAUUAUUAUUAUUAUUAUAAGUUUUUGGGGAGUAGUUCGAACUGAUAAUGUCUAUAUGUGUUUAUAUGUUGCAAACAGAAAUAAAAAUUUCAGAAGGAAAGCAGAAGAAUAUAGAGAGAAAUGGGAUGAACGAAACUCAAA